AUGCCACAACCUAUUCCUCUGUCUUCCCGCAUAAGGGGCGCCAUAUAUGGCCUUGCUGUGUGUGACGCACUAGGAGCUCCCGUGGAAUUCAAGCCCCGAGGCUCGUUUGAACGCGUUACGUCCAUGCUGCCAAAUGAUAAUUUCGGCCUUCCAGCCGGCUGCUUCACGGACGACACAGCGAUGACACUCUGCCUGGCUCAUUCUCUGCUAGAUUGUGGCGGUCACUCCAACAUGAUAGAUCAGGUCAAAAAGUACAUCUCAUGGUGGCAGAAUGGCUACAUGUCCUCAACCGGCAGUUGUUUCGACAUUGGAGUUUCUACGCGAAGCGCCCUCCAAACUUGGGCCGAUAUGCUCCAUCUACAGUCUAGAGGCGAGGAUUCCCCUGUGCAAGAUGCCCACAGCGCAAUGUUGGCGAAGAUUACCCACGAAUUUUCGAAGGACGAAUACUGUGGAAACGGCAGCCUGAUGAGAGUCCUUCCGGCGGCACUGAUCGCCUCAAGCGCGUCAAACGUCGUCGAACUUGCCAAAGAAAGCUCCUUGCCUACGCAUCCGCAUCUGCGAUGUGUGCAUGCUUGCAUGAUAUAUGCUUCCCUGGUACAACAGUUACUCAAUGGAGCUUCCAAGACCGAACUCGCUGUAAGUUUAAGCGAGUCAAUUAACGAAAUUCCGAGCAAUAUAUCCGACACACCUAUUGAAGCAGUGCUUUCAGAACGCAUCGGACGGUAUCGCUCAAUCCAAGAUUGGGAACAGACCACGGCCGACUCGAUACGCAGCACGGGUUAUGUCGUUGAUACACUUGAAGCUGCUCUCUGGGCUUUCUUUAACUCGGAUACAUUUGAACAGGCAGCACUACAGGCCGUCAACCUGGGAUAUGAUUCGGACACCGUCGGCGCGAUAUGCGGGGGCAUAGCUGGGACUUACUACGGUUUCGAUGCGAUACGCCAGGACUGGCUACGCGAUUUGAAGAAGAAGGAACUUCUCGAUGAAGCAGCCCAGGAAAUUAUUGAUCACAGGAACAAGCUACCCUGA